AAAAUGAUACCCUGAUUAUGUGUUUACAUUAAGUUAGUGUACCGAGUCCUAGGUUUUUAACCAUAUUGUACAAAUGGAGACUUACUUGUACAUCAACAUCAUUAUUCUUUCCUUGGGUGUACAGUGUUGGGGAGGAGAGCAUGAGUAUAGGCUGACUAAGUACCUUCUUUCAAACUAUGAAGAGUCUGUUCGUCCCGUGGAGAACUCGAGUUUACCACUCAUAGUAGAGUUUGGAGUUUCACUUCAUCAGAUAGUUGAUGUGGACGAGAAGAAUCAGAUUCUUACUACCAACUGCUGGUUAACACAGGUUUGGAAUGAUACUCAUCUCACCUGGAAUUAUUCUGAUUUUGACGGAAUAAAAGCAAUCCGGCUUCCGUACACCAAGGUCUGGAGACCGGAUAUAAUCCUCUACAACAAUGCUGACUCUCAGUACAACACAGCUACAAUCAACACAAAUGUCAUCGUUUCUUAUACAGGAGAGGUUGUUUGGUUGUCCCACGGUAUGUUUAAAUCCUCCUGCGAAGUAUCUGUUGAGUACUUCCCGUUUGAUAUCCAGGAUUGUCAAAUGAAAUGGGCCUCGUGGACUUAUGAUGGAUAUUCGUUGGAUUUGCGAGAUCAGAAUAUUAACUCCAGCGGGGAUAUGAGCAAUUAUCAGGUGAACGGUGAGUUUGUUCUGGAGGACUUUAGUUCAGAUUAUCAUAUGAAACAUUAUAGCUGCUGUGAGGAACCCUAUCCUGAUAUAACCUACACUAUUAGAAUUCGGCGCCGACCCCUUUUCUACGUGUUUAAUCUUAUUCUACCCUGUGUGCUCAUCAAUGGAAUAGCACUUUUGGUGUUCUAUGUUCCUUCAGAGUCUGGAGAAAAGGUAACCCUGGGUAUAUCUGCUCUGCUAUCAAUGACAGUAUUUCUGAUGACAAUAAGAGAAAGUCUUCCUCCAACAGAGAAAACUCCACUGAUAACUCUAUAUUACGGAGUUUCUAUCUGCCUGGUUUCCUUUGCUAGCGCUAUGGCAGUAGUCACCCUUAACAUACACUACAGGGGUCUCAGGGGCGCAGAGGUUCCCGAGCAGAUUAAAUCUAUAUUCCUUGGAUUCUUUGCUAGAAUCGUCUUCGUUCUUCCAACUUCAGAUUUUGCCAAGAGAAAGAAAGACGCGGCAAAAAGAAAGGAGUUAAAUGCAAGCUUUCAGGGGGGUGGAGGAGAUAAUGACAAAUUAGAGCCUGGGAUAUUCAAUAGGUCCCAAAGUCCCAUCUUCUCUUCUGCAACAGCUAAUGGUCGACCGUACCAUCCCAACCACAUGAACAGCAGUCAACAACAGCCGGGCAACGGGUCUGGGCAACAGCAUAACGGUCAGCAGUCUCUCAACCACAUCCAUCCUAACAACCUUCAUACCUGUGAUCUACUCAGUGACCCAAACGUGGAUGGAUCAGAUCCUAGAUAUCAAUUAGUCCUCGACAAAGUGUCCUCUACUAUUGAUAGGAAUGAGGUGAGGUACCUGGAGACAGAUAUGAAGGAACAGCAUGCUCUAGAAUGGAAACAGGUUGCUCUGGUCAUCGAUAGAUUGUUACUCUUGGUUUUCUUUCUUGCCAUGACAAUAUCAUCCCUCGUCAUCCUUACAUCAUCCCCUCAUCUCAAGUAAUAUCAUUCUUAAAUCAUCCCCUCAUCUCAAGUAAUCUCAUCCUUACAUCAUCCCCUCAUCUCAAGUAAUCUCAUCCUUACAUCAUCCCCUCAUCUCAAGUAAUAUCAUUCUUAAAUCAUCCCCUCAUCUCAAGUAAUCUUAUCCUUACAUCAUCCCCUCAUCUCAAGUAAUCUCAUCCUUACAUCAUCCCCUCAUCUCAAGUAAUCUCAUCCUUGCAUCAUCCCCUCAUCUCAAGUAAUCUCAUCCUUGCAUCAUCCCCUCAUCUCAAGUAAUAUCAUUCUUACAUCAUCCCCUCAUCUGAAGUAAUCUCAUCCUUACAUCAUCCCCUCAUCUCAAGUAAUAUCAUUCUUACAUCAUCCCCUCAUCUCAAGUAAUCUCAUCCUUACAUCAUCCCCUCAUCUCAAGUAAUAUCAUUCUUACAUCAUCACCUCAUCUCAAGUAAUCUCAUUCCACCAUUUCCACCUAUCCCCCUUCCUUUCUUCAUCCGUCCCACCUAGCCCUCGUCCUUUCCUUAUACUUUCCACCUAGCCCUUUUCCUUUCUUUAACCGUUCCACCUGUCCCUCUUCCUUUCUUCCUGAUUUCCACCUAGCCCUCUUCCUUUCUUCAACCAUUCCACCCAACCCUCUUCCAUUCUUCCUUUUUUCCACCUAGCUUUCUUUCUUUCUUAAUGCUUUCCACCUAGCCCUCUUCCUUUCUUCCUUCUUUCCAACUAGCACUUAUCCUUUCUUCAUCCUUUCCACUUAGCCCUCUUCCUUUCUUCAUCCUUUCUACUUAGCCCUCUUCCUUUCUUCAUCCUUUCCACUUAGCCCGCUUCCUUUCUUCAUCAUUUCCACCUAGCCCUCUUUCUUUCUUCAUCCUUUCCACCUAGCCCUCUUCCUUUUUUCAUCCUUUCCACCUAGCCCUCUUCCUUUUUUCAUCCUUUCCACCUAGCCCCCUUCUUUUCUCCAUCCUUUCUACCUAUCCCUCUUCCUUUCUUCAUGAUUUCCACCUAGCCCUCUUCCUUUCUGUAUCCUUUCCACCUUGUCCUCUUCCUCUCUUCAACCCUUCCACCCAACCCUCUUCCUUUCUUUUUUCUUUCCACCUAGCACUCUUCUUUUCUUCAUCCUUUCUACCUAGUUCUCUUCCUUUCUUCAUCCUUUCCACUUAGCCCCAAUCCUUUCUUCAUCCGUUCCACCUCGCCCUCUUCUUUUCCUGAUACUUUCCACCUAGACCUCUUCUUUUCCUGAUACUUUCCACCUAGCCUUUUUCCUUUCUUCAACCGAUCCACCGAGCCCUCUACUCUUCUUCAUCCUUUCCACCUAGCCCUCUUCCUUGCUUCCUGAUUUCCACCUAGCCCUCUUCCUUUCUUCAUCCUUUCCACCUGGCCCUCUCUCUUCCUUUUUUCCAUCUUUUCAUCUAGCCCUUUUCCUUUCUUACAUCAUUCGACAUUUUUUUUUUAAUUGGUUCGGGUGCUCUCUGUUUCUCCCUCUAACUGAUCAGGAUUCUAUAAAUACUGAAUUCGAGUUUCCAUUGAAAACAUUGUAGUUUAUGGUUAUAUAUAUAUAAAUAUAUAUGUAAAUAUUGUAAAAUAAAUUAGUCUUCUUAGUAUAAAUGUAUGAAUCGAUGUUGUAAAAGUAAUAAUAUUCACAAUCAAACUAAAAAAUUAUUCGAGGUAAAAAAUGUCGACAAAAAAAAAUCUGAAAAAAGCUUAGACAAAUGUGAUAAAUCCAGCCCAGUGAAUUAAGAGGAAAUUUAUGUUAAAAAUCAAAAAACAACUUUUAAUUGCUUGAUUGCUUACUUAAGGAGAUUAAAAAACAACGCUUCAAAUUGAUUUUGGAAUUUUGGAAUAAUUCACAUUUGUUCCCAAGAGUGUGGCAAUAAAAAAUAAAAUUAAAUAAAAAAAUUUGAAAAAGUUUUUGAUUAAAAAGUCUUAGUUGUAAACAAAACCAGAAGACUUAUUUAUUUAUGUAUCCGUCUUGGAGGUGUAUCGUA